AUGUUUACACUCGACUUGGAUCCGUAUGCUAUCAUACUAACAAGCUUGUUCAUCUUGAUCUUGCAGAAACUUCUCUCGAUAACUGGAAAAUCCAAGAUUCAGAACCAAGUCUGGCAAUUCUACACCAGGUAUCUAUCGCAAUCUAAAUCUAUAAAAUUGUACAAUGGCAAGCAGAACGAGAUCAGAGGUUUGACUCGCGAACAGAAGGCUAUCAGUGCGCAGGACCAGUAUGCCAAAUGGACCAAGUUGAAUCGCUCGUUGGACAAGCUCAAGAAGGAAGUGCAAGAGUUGAGUGAGUCUAUUCAGAGUGAGAAGUUGAAGGUUGAUGGAUUGACCAGCUUGUUGUUGAGUUUACUCGUUACGUUGCCGAUUUGGGUGAUGCGUAUAUUCUGCAGAAAAACAGCCUUGUUUUACUUGAGAAAGGGGGUUUUGCCCGAUUAUCUUGAAUGGUGGCUCGCUUUGCCGUUUUUCAAAAGUGGCACUAUUGGUUUGACGUGUUGGAUGUUUGCUGUGAACAAUGUGUUGGCCAUGGCUGCGUUGUUGAUUAGCUUCCCCUUUGCAAAAGCUGUUGCAAAGCCCGUGAAUCCAAAGGGUAGAAGCUAA